AUGGAGAGCAGGCAGGAUCUGGCGUCCAUCCUCCCCUUGAUGCCAUUGACCCUGAGAUCGUCCUCUCUCUUCUGGCCGCCCAAAGCGGUCGACGCCCUCAAGGCGCUUUCCCUAGGCCCCGACGUUAGUAGGGUGGACAGCGGGAAGAUCCUCUUCGACGCCAUCAUCGAGCUUAGGGACUCAGUUCGCCUUUCUGGAGAACCAUUGGCCUUUACUGCUGCGGAUGGGUAUACUGUCUUCUUCGACGAGGUUGCUGCCUGUACACUCCCUGUGCUGUCGAAGAGUCGCUGCCUUCGUUGGUCUUCCUUUCCUGAUAUUUGGAAGUAGAAGUGUGCAAACUGUCCUGUUUUACUUUUGAGCUUGUUCGUUUCUUUUGCAGCUGAUAUCUCGCGAAGACUCGAGGAUGUGGUUUGGUGAGGUGGUUCCUGGAUUGGCUCGCUUGCUGCUACGGUUGCCUUCUCUGCUGGAAGCCCAUUAUCGAUAUUCAGAUAGGAUUUUUGGUUCGGGUAUUGCUGGGCUCCGGAUACUCUAUCCACAGGAAGCAGGGAUCGUAUUCCUCAGUCAGGUGUCUUUUCGUUCUGCGUUAACUAGUCAUCUUUUCAAACUGAUGAUCCCUAUUUUAUGGCUGCAGUUGGCUGCAUGAGUUCUUUGUCUCUUUUGAGAUAGUUGCCACAUAGUUUUCUUUUUUUUCCAUUUUUGCUUACAUGAGCUGCGUUCAAGAUGAAAGUGAGAAGUUGACGCCAUUUAAUUGCUGUUCUAUCCGGACAAAAAGGGGCCUGCAUUCGAGAAAUUAGAUUAUGAAAUAAUUUUCUGAUAGUAAAUGUGCAUAUGUAUUCCGAAUUAUGUAAAAUUCCUGUUCCAGUCCAUACACGGUCAUCAAACUAAGAAAUAUAUCUCUUGAGCACAUUUUAAAAUUCAUUAUUUUGGACACAUUCAUCAGUAGAAUAUUGGCUUUUAAUGUUCCUUUGUAAUCUGAUUUAUUAGGUUCUGAGCAGAGAACUGAAGACAACAAAAAAUACACAAAAACAAUAUAAUCCCUCUGGUGAGGACUUAAACAAGACUUGUUGUUCCGAGCUUUCAUUCUCCAUGUAUGUGCUGAAAAUAUUAAAUUUCUUAUACUGUUCUUUGUUACCUUUCUUUCAUUUACUCUCAUUGCAUCCUUUUCUGGUUUCUUUGCUCAUUUUUUGGAAAGUUCUGAGAAUAUUUCAAUCUAAUCCUCUUGUCAAUUUCAGGAGCUGAUUGCUGCUCUUCUUGCGUGCUCAUUUUUCUGUCUUUUUCCACCCAGAAGUGCAGGCGAUCUUCAGAUCAUCAACUUUGACUGCUUGUUUGCGUAUGUUACUUAAUUAUGAUUGCUGAAUGCAAUAUUAAUCACUGAUAUUCCCUACUAUAGAUUCGUUUGAAUAUUUGUAUUCAAGUUUCUAGGGUGAUGUGAGAACACUUUUGUUCAGAGAGCAAUUUUAGGGUCAUCUCUUGCUGGAAAUGUGAUAGAGCAACAAUACCGUUACAUUCAAAAUCGUAGCAUAACGUGUAUUCCCCAUUGUUCGGCCAUAGAAUUGAUGAAAGAAAUCCAAAAAAGGAUUUUUUUUGCAAGAAUGAAAUCUUAUUGGAACUGUCCAUAUCCGGUUCAUCCUUCAGAACUACCAUAUCACAUCCCGGAUCUGAUGAAAUAUGAUGAAAUGAGACUCAUGAUAUAUGUUUGAGUAAAAAUAGAAUAUAUUGAAAAAAUUACAAAUUCAUGCUAUGUGUCGGGUUAUAAUUUUCAAGGCUCACAAUACUGAACUCAUCAAGUAGUAAUAUGCAUCUUUGAGGACAAGUCGUCAGCAUCUUAAAAUAUUGUGUGUCAUUUUGGAUGGGAACUCUUUAGUAAGAUAGUAUUUAGGUGAAGGCAAUCGUUGUGCUAUGGAAAACCUUCAAAUCUUGCAACUUUUUUGCUUAUUGUGGAUCCGUUUUGAAGUGUAAUUUUAAUAUUUAUUGAUUUUGGUUGUACUUGCGGUUCGAUGGUUUCAUUCCUUUUCCCUUGCUAUUAUGUGAUGAUAUCCUGUGUGCCAUCCAAAAAAAGGCUGAUGGUAGGUCACUUGGUUGCAAAUAAGACAAAGGGAUCAAUUUACACCGGACUUAAUCACAUUGGUCCACUGGAUCGUUCAGUGGCAUGCGUAUAAGUAGGUUAGAACUUUAAUUGAUUUUCUGCUUCAGAUGCAGCUUCGGCUUUUAUGACUUAUUACAACUACACGACAUAGGCAAAACCGUUUAAGUCAGCAGAACAAGUAAAGAAUGUAGAUAAGGUGUUAAAAUGUUUCAGUUCUUGUGAGAGUUCACAGCUCUGGGAGCAUAAUUUUAUUUUUACAGAAAUAGUCAGUAUUGAUGAGGAGGAUUUCAGAAGAUUUAUGCAAUGUGAAUUGUAAUAGUCUUUUCGAGCUAAAUGUUCUGAUUUAGGACAGGGCUUUACUCUUUCGUGCUUCCAAAUGUUCAGACAAGAUGAUGAAAUGUGUCAUGGGUGAAAAAAAAAAAAAACCUAGGAGGACGCAACAGAGGUAUAGAGAAAAAUGAAAUCGCUUAGUUAAUUGAUGUUAGGGUCUGGUUUUUAUACCAGACCCACGUUACAGAGAUGAACCACACCGGACCAGGCCGGUUCAAUAAUGAACCGGACCGAGCUGAGCCAGUCUAAAGAUAAAAGAUAAUUCAGUACAUUCCAACCAUACACGAUUAUACUUGAUUCUUACAUCACUUUUAUAUGAGAACAGGUGAAGAAAAUUCUUUUAUGAAGCUCCCCCAAAAAUAACUGCCUCGCAAGCAGCUAUUAUGUCUGCUAUAGAUUACGAUGAGACUGUAGAAACUAAUGUGAACUGAACCAACUACAAAUAUGUCUGUCUUUAGAAAAAUCUGCCCGAAAGUUAGGAGUUGAUGUCAAUGAUAACUCACUUGGGGAGUAACGUGCUGGAUGUUUAAUGGCAGAGAUUUGCAUCCCUUGCUUUGCAAAGUGUCAUACCUUAGCUUAAAAUGGUUUGUUGCCCACACAUUUUGCGUGUAGUUUGUAGUGUGAUAUAUCCAUGCAUUAAAAUGAAUGUCAAGUUGUACUUUCUGCCAUAUUACACAUUUUUUUAUCCUCAUCAAAAAUUUCUUUUGUCUCGCAUUUUUUUAAAGUAUAUAAUCUUUGUUUCAUAUUCUUUCAAUCCUUUUGAAUGCAUUUUGCUAGUUUGAUUCUCUAGCAGACAUUACGUGGCUUCAUAAGUAAUGCAACAAUGAAUUAAAGUACGCAUUGGAAACACCCGAAGUGCUCAAUUGUUGAUAAAAAAGACUUCCUUUAUGUCCACAUACUACCCAAGAAUAGAUACCAUGGUUAGCAUUCUAUAUCGCAGUUUGAUCAGUAGUUGAUAAACAUUCGCUCUUCUACUUUCUUAAAAUAUAGAUGUAAAACAAAUUCAAACAUCCCAGUUGGCUCAUGAAAUACAUAACCUUGCUAUUGGACACUUGGUAGCAGAAAAUCAUGUUAGCUGGGACAUCUGGCUUGCAGAUAACAGUGAACAUCGUGGAGAAUACUCCAACCGAUAUCAUUUUGCCUUUUUGGCUUUUAGUUCUAGUUGUUCGCCCUAACACAGUUUCCCUGGUCAAGUAGUAAUCAGUGCAUAUUGAUUUUUGCCUUUGCUAUUUGAUCAUCGGGCAUUCAUCAUUCUGUAUCUCUAAAAUCAGUUUGUGAAAUUCAGCUCAUUUUUUAGCGUCAUAGUGAGCCAGCCUUUUAAUGACAUUUACUCUAUGGAAUAACUAACUUGGAAAUGAAUUUAAUCCAUUCAAAUCAAUGUUUUUGCAACGUAUUCAAAUAAUUAAUGUUUAAACUGUAUGAUCUGAUAAGUAAAGAAGGAUUUUCCUCAAACAUGAUGAUGCAGUUACUAUCAUUCCAGAGAGAACGACAUGAAAAAGUCCAUAUUAAUUGUCACAUGUUUGGACUCAUUUUUUAUGUUCGAAUAAAUGUGGUAAUAUUUUAAUCAACCGUAUCUAUUAAUUGUCUUGGUUUUGAAGCUGUCUUGAUGUUUCAGUGGCAGGACCAUUGAUCUAAAAUUCUGGACAACUGAACAGCUUCUCUCCUCUUCUAGACUUCAGUGUUUCCAAUGUUUCAUCGAUAUGGAAGUGAAUGUGCUCCAUUUCUUCUUCUGGCUUUCAUGCAAUAGCCAUUUGGCUUGUGAAGAACUGAAGGGUUAUCUUGAGGAAUGUGCAUUUUUGUUUAUUGUUGGCCUCUAAUCACUCAUAACAGUUAACUGGAAAAUCUUAGUCUGUGUGAAAAGUAUGAAUAAAAUCAGCUUAUUUAUAUCUAUAAAAUUAUUACCAUUUUGGCUGAUUCAUAUUUCCGACUAAUAAAACAAGUAAAGAAAUUAAUUGAGACCACAUGAAAAUGAAAUUGGUGACAUUGCACAGACUAGACACAUAUUGGAAUGUCAAUAAAAGGACUACAGCACCUCUAGCAAGUGUCAAGCUUGAUCAUGUGUCGUCCCGUCAGCAAGAUUUUCUCCUAGAAUGAACGGAAAAUUACGGCCACCUCAUUUUCUGUCACUGAAAUUAUCAUUAAACAUAUUAUUUUCCGAUAAUCAAUUUGUCCCUUACGGUGCCCAUAUUCCUUUUCUACCACCAUGUGUAAUAUCUAGCUUUUUUUUUGGAAACUACUUGAUGUACAUUCUAUCUAUAAUGUUUAUAUCAUGCUCUUUUUCAAUGUUUUUUGCCUUAUUUUGUGGUACGUGCAUGAUAUUAUUUUUGCCUUAUUUAUCUUACACCAUUUUGAAGAAGCAUUCGAAUAAAAUUUCCAAAAUUGUUUUUAUCAUGCUUUAUCUUUUUUGGUUUUGCAGGGGACUCUAUCCUAAUGAUAAAAUGAGCCAAAAAGAAAAAAUUAAGUUCCUCAUUCAUUAUUUUGAACGUGUAUGCUCAAGCAUACCCACUGGUUUUGUUUCCUUUGAACGGAAGGUUCUUUCUUUGGAGCAUUCUCCGCAAGUCAUUUCCUACCCUGAUGUGGAUUUCUGGGGAAAAUCUGGGAUGCAUCUCUGUUCUUUUAAGGUAACAUGAAGGAGCUAUCUUGGCUAUCAAUAUCUUGCUCCAGUUUUGAUUAUAGUGACCUUUUAAACUGUUUCGAAUCUUCAUCAGCUUUUGAUCUAUGCAUUCCCAAUUAACAAGAUUGACUAUCAAAAUCAUCAUUAUCAGGUUUCACUUUCAGGCUUCAUAGAAGAUCAGCAUUAUGAAGCACUUGAAGUUGAUUUUGCCAAUGAACGUUUAGGAGGGGGUGCUCUCAGUAGAGGCUGUCUACAGGUUCUUUUUCUUAUUUUUAUUUCUCUUUAAAUUCCAUUUUGGAAAAGUAAAAGAUAAAUGAAAUAGGCUUAUGUAGCUUGAUUUUCGUUUAUGGCAUUCUUUGUUGUGAAAUGAAAGAAGGCUAGGUAGUAGCUGGUCGCAAUAUGGCAUUCUUUGUUGUGGCUUCUCAUGAUUUGGGGUUGAUGGCAGGAGUAGUUAGAUCUCUUUUUAUCAAAGGUUAUAUCUCGACUAAUCUGUCAUAUGCCAUUGCUGACUGUAUUGCAUGUUACUUUGAGGAUUGGACUUGUAGUUUCCUAGGAUUUAAAGCAUACCCGCAUUCAGUGCUUGUAGAAGUAUCUGGUUUGGAGAGAAUUUAUUUAACUAUUUUUUAUUCCUGUUUAAAUAGUGUAGAUUUUUAUUGAAAUCUAAGUGGGAUUCUGAUUUUGUCCAUUCUUUUUGUCUGAAUCUGAGAAAUUAUUGUUAGUUUAACCUGUCGUGUUCUUUCUCAUUAUUUCGCACAUUUUAAUGCUGAUUUUUUUUUUUUAUUGGCUAUAUAAUGCAGGAAGAGAUCCGCUUCAUGAUCAAUCCAGAGCUAAUUGCGGGCAUGCUUUUCUUGCCUUCCAUGAAAAAAAAUGAGGCUAUAGAAAUUAUUGGAGCAGAGAGGUUUUCAAAUUAUACAGGGUUAGUGAACCAUAUAAGAGAUCAGCUCCAACACAACUGAGUUCCUUCAACUAUACAUUUUUCAGUUUUGGAGAAUAUUCAUUUCGUUUACUCUAUUCAUGGGUUUGGUUAACUGUUUCGUUAUUAGAAUUUCGAUUGUGCUCAGACAUUGAAAAGCUAAUAGUUCCUAUCAUUUAGGGGACAUGGUUAUGGGCUCAAAAUAUCCAUGUUGGCCAACAUUUCUUCUGUCUUCUAUUUUCCAUUAAAAGCUACCGGUCUGCCGUAUAAUCAAGUGCCCCAUGUUCUACACGGUCAGCUCCUACUGCUGUUUGAAAAUGCUGAAUCAUCAACGACCUUGGUUUCCCUUAUCUAUUCUAAAGGAGUGAAGUGUGUGGUAGAUUGCCAUAAAGGUGUUCAGUAGUUGAAACUAGGGUUACAUGGUCAGCUGAUUCUGAUCAGAAUGAAAGGACCCUCGGCCAUUUCUGAAGGGUGAAAUAAUUUCCUCCUUUAAAGUUUCAAAGAUUAGAUGGAAAAGAGAAGAUAACAAGCAUUUCCAGAGAUGAUUGUUCAGUUGGAUUGACCAACUCCUGCUUGGUCUAGAUCUUGUAUGGAAUUUUCUCCUGAAGUCCUAGGUUCUUGUGAUAUGCAGCCACCAGUAAAGGAAGAAGAACAGAGACGUCAUUACACUAACAUUUCAUAAACAAUUCUUAUAUGCUUCCAUCCCUGUGCCUUUUUGUCUAAAAUUUUGCUCAGACACUAAAUGCUGCCGCUAUUGUGCCGUAAAAAUUGCAAAAUCCACCAGUAACUGCAUAUGGUGUCUCUAUGAAUAGAAAGCUUCAAGCGUCUGUUUUUUUGUUUCAUUUCAUGUCUAACUAUAAAUGUUAAGUUUCUUUUGCAAACUAUUUUGUUCCUGUUUGUGAACAUCAACAUUUCUAUGCACUUUAUUUCUUAAUUCUUUUGAACCUUUUGUUCCAUCUCUUUUGCUGAAUUCUGACAUGGCAGCUAUGCGUCCACAUUGUGUUUUGCGGGUGAUCAUAAGGACUUGAGGCCACUUGAUUAUCUGAGAAGGAGAAAAAGGAAGAUUGUGGCUAUCGAUGCAUUAUGCAAUCCGAGGAUGAGAGAAUUUAAAAUUGAAUGCAUUGUACGGUAUGUGCUGAGGUUGCUUUCAAGUAUUUUCCCCCUUGUUUGCUAGGAAUACAUGUGAUCACAUUUUUAAAAAGUAGGCUUUUAAUAUAGCAUACUGGGAGAGACGCCAUUUAAGCUAGUUGUGAUCUGCCUUUAUAUCUCUGUUGGUCUACUGUGAAGCCAGAUCUGAACUUAUAUAGCUAUGUGUUCACAAUUUCUAAAUGAGUUGUCCAUUUUCAUUUUCUGUGAUGCCUAGUUCCAUCUCGUCAUAAUGUGUAUGAAACUGUCGAUUUUUUUUUUUGAAACUGUAAUUUAAUUAUUAUUUGGUUCUUUAUUCACUUUUUCAACUUAUUUACUUAGCUUGAUAAAGAUAUUCCUUGCCUUUUAUUAGGGAGUACAUUGAAAAGUUUGCCUGUUGAGCUCGAUCCGAAUACUAGCAUUGGUGGUGAUGGCUGAAAGUUCUGAGGGUCUAUAGAAAGCGCCAUAAGGGGAAUUGGUGGACAAUCUCUAGAGGAUGAAGAUGACUUAAUUGAAAUACUCGGCUAUGGGACUUGGAGAGGGAUAUGGGUUGAGAGUGGCAUACCCUAGCAUAAACGUGGUCUGGGGUAUCGCUGACUUUGUGGAAGGCAAGGUGCUUGAGGUCGGCCAUGUUGUCCAUCCUGCAGAUAGAACAUUUCAGUGUGGUUUAUCAUUCAUUAUAACUAGUGUUCAUAUAGUUUAUGAGUCUCAUUGUUGUUGACACACACUCUAGCUUCUGGGAAAAGUUACUUGAUUGGCUCCGUUUUUGCGUGAAACCUUGAGUUCGUUUAUACGUUGGUUUUUGCUUCACACCCCAGCUAGGAAAAAUAUAUGUAGGCAUUUUUAAAGGAAUCUCGUUGUCUUCUCUGUGCGUAUAUUCUAAUCUACAUGCAUGCCUAUUGCUUGGUAUUUUUAGAAUGUUCAGAUGACUAGUUACAGACCAAUUCCCUGUUCAUGGUGGUUCUCUUGCAAAUUUUUGAUAUUGAAUGGGUUUAAGUUAUUUCCUCUUAGAAACUUGUUCAUCCUUCCAGAGAAACAAACAAGGCAUUCUGUGGUUUUUUAAAUCAGUCGGACUAUAAGCUCGAUCUGAAGCAAUUUGAAGACUGUGAAUUUUAUGAAAGUCAAUUGGGCCACAGAAUCAGCGCUUCCAAUGGUCAGGUACAGUGCAAUAUUUCAGUAAGAUUCGUUAAUCAAGCAUGUUUUCUCUCUUUGUUGGUUAUUCUCUUCAUGCAUUUAUUUUAUUGCAAUAUUUCUGUAGAAAGAUGUGGACAAUUUGUCUUAGAUCUUUAUGCUUUAAUAUGGUCGCUGGUUUUUUCUGCUUCAAAGAAAAAAGCUUCAGAUGCUGGUCAAUAGUUACCAUCCUUCUGCGAAGCUGUUCCUCCCUAUGCUGCUUCAUCUGCCAUUUUACUGUAACGCUUAACUUCUGGGGAUUAUACCAAGCUAUCAAUCCCAAUUUCAAUGCAGAAGCAUUAGUUAUUCAUCUUAAUGUGAUCCUGGUCAAUAGUUAUAGGCAGACAAACCAGUAACUUAUUCCACAUUUGGAAAUUUUAUCUGGCAGGGCCCCAACGCAGACCAGAAGGCCAACCAAGGAAGAUGAGCUAGAUGCUAAACUUUUAUUAAUGCUAUCCUAGGAAAAAGAGAAGACCAAAAACUGCGGCCAUGUUCCCGCUUAGAUAUGGGCGACCAUAAAUUUUGUGGUCUCAUGCAACGUCCAGAUCAGAUUAAAUUUAGUUUUUUUAUGGAUAUUGUUAAAAAGCAUUAGGGAAUUCUCAUUCUCGUUUUCAAACCGUCGUGUUCUAUCUGAAGUUAUCAAUGUACGCUGUUUACUCAUAAAUGUCCCCAACUUUUAAAUUUUAAUAAUGCAAAAGCAGAGAAGAGAGAACCUGCCAUCCUUCUCGCAAAGUGCAUGCUCACAUAUAUUCUAGUUAUGUAAUCGACCUCCUAUUGAUUCUGGUGUAGCAUUCGUAUGUAAUGUUUCGGUACUGUUUUCCUCUAGCAUCUGAGGAACUGUCUCAUCUUUUGAUGUUAAUAUAAUAUUCUCGAAAUUUCCAGCGGGCAGAGAUGUAUUCAGUCUAUGGCUAAUGCUCACCUAUGUCUCAUUCUUGGCAGUGUUGGAAAUUCUAGGUCGUAAGAAAAUUAUGUAAAAGACUGAGGGUGUUUUUGCAAAAUUGUGUAAGGUUCCUCCCUAUAUAAUGGGAGUUAGAGGUGAAUGAAUCCUGAGGUGGUUUCCGCCGUUCUCCCCUCUGUCCUUCUUGACGAGGUUUUUUCUCCAUUUCAACAGGCAGAAAUGGUUUUGUCCUUGUUCCGAUACCAUUGAUAGUUUCUCUCCUGGUUGCCGGAGUCCAAUUUAGUCUUUAUUUCUUGUUAGAUAGUAAUCUUGAAUUGAAGGUGUGGUAUUAAUAGAUUUCUAGGCCUUUCUGCAUACUCACAUUUGGCAUUUUUGUUCCUGAUGUCCGAAAAACGUUUGUGUCAAUUGCAAUGGGCCGUCCUAUAAGUUUGAAAAGAUUGCAGUUUUCUUAUGUGCUAAGAAACUCACCCUAUAUUCUGGAGUCUCGUUCAAUCUGCCAGUGACUGCAAGAGGACAUUUAUGCAUGUUUGACAAGAUAACCUUAACCUGUGGCUUGUUCACAAAUAACUUAAUAACGUUCUCUUUCAAUCAGAAAGGUGAAAAUGAUGACAGUGAGUUUCUAUGAGAUCUGUAGAAAAGUGGAAAGUCUAUUGAUUCUCACGAGAGAUCAUUCCUUUAGGGUUUAAUAUCUAACCCUAAAUAAGUAGUAAUGGGCCAUGAUACAGUGAGCCCAUUUCCAUCCAACAAGAUCCAUGCCUUUUGUGCUUUCUCUAUCCAACCCCUUUAUGCAUUGAAGCCUCUCAACUCGCCAUUUGAUCUCUCUUUGUUGUCUUGUUUUUGCUAAUGCAAUAUGUUCAACUCGACUAUUUAAUUUUCAUAAUUUCCUUAUCAACUUGGGCUGAUUUUGUGCGUCAGUCAUUGCCAAGAAAUUUAGGUUUUGCCACCUAUGGCAUUAAAGGUCAAAAAAGAAGGAAUAUAAGGAGGCUUGUAGUUAUUUUUUCAGCGCCACAGUUUUCAAUAUGACUAGGCCCUGAGUUUUAUUGAGCAAGACUUGGCUCAUACGUAAAUAUUUGAUUGGCACUUUCGGUAAGAUAAUUUGCAGAUAUAGGUGAAUUUCCAAGGAAGCCUUGAGCGAAAUCUGUCGUUGACUUUCUUUAAUAUUAGAAACCUGUUAUAGCAUUUAACGAUUACAUUGCAGCUAGAUUCGUUUUAAUUUCCUCAUGUGGUUUUUUUUUUUUGCAAACUAUUCACCGCCGUCUAGAACAUUCAACUGUUGCCUGGAGUCAAUGCAUCACUCUGUAUCUUCGGGAAACUGUGAUAUGAUAUGACUAUGCUGUUCAGUAGAUGGGUUUUGGUUUCUGACUAUUUUGUCUUGGCAAUUAACUCAUCAGAUUUUCUUUCUGUGAUGCCUCAGCCUCCCUUUUUGUUUCCCUUUUGCAGGCUUUGGAUGAUGAUCACGCAAUGGUCGAAAGUCCCAUCCCAUCUGCUCAUUCCGAAGGUGAAAUGAACAGUGAUUGUUCAGUUGCAGAUUCAAACGAUAAAAUAGGUCAACUUCCUGGGUCCUCAGCUCCUGAUGAAACUCCUGGGGUUGCUACCGGAAAUUGGGGCUGUGGAGCAUUCGGAGGAGACCUACAGCUUAAGAGUAUCAUUCAGUGGCUUGCUGCUUCGCAGGUAGGUAAUCAUCUGAUCUGCCUUUUCAGCCUUCCUUCCCCAUCUAUCUUCGCCCCUGCAGGUCCCAUCAUGCAGAGGGCAAAUUAUUGUGAGACGAGUCAUCUCUUCGUCUUCUUCUGAUUAUUAUCUGUUAUUUCUCCCGCCCAUUGAAGACAGUGAGAGCUGAUUCAAAGAUUUCUGUCGGAGGGUCCCACAGACUUUACCCGAGAUUUCAGUAGAGAGUUCAAUGUUCUUCUUUUAAGCAUCGCAUCAGGGAGUUGUCAUAACAGGAUAGAAGGGUGAUUAUAUAUUAAAGCCCAGCCCAUGAGCCAGUCUGCAAUCUACCUGGUUACCUAGUCAACAGUCAACACAUCAGUCAAUGACCAACAAAGUAUGUCGACGGUCAACCCCAACCAUCUAACGCAGCUCAACGAAACGUCUCUUCUCCCCUUUCAACAAUGCAUUUGAUCAUUUAACAUAUAUUAUAAGCUUGAUUCAUCAUAACCGAGUAAGUAGUUCAGAGCCGCUUGAUGAUGUGGCCAGCUCUGACUGAAAGUCACCUUCUGGGAGUGUAGGUUGAUCAUCUCACGGCUGUUUUGUUUCUCGCAUCGAUUCUGAUGUGCCUCGAGCAAGCGCUUGUUAUAUAACAUCAAGAUGCAUUUCAGGCACAACGACCCUUUAUUCUCUACUACACUUUUGGAGAAGAGCCAUUGCAGCGAUUGGAACAGGUGAUUUGCGAAGAACUACCUUACCUUUUUUGGAAAUAACGAUGAACACUUGAGUGUUUUCUCGUCAUGGAUGGAAUGAUGCCAUUCGUCAUGUUUGUCCGUCCUCGCCUUUUGGCAGGUGACCCAGUGGAUUCUGCUGCAUGGAUGGACGGUCGGAGAUCUCUGGAAUAUGCUGGUCGAGUAUUCUUCUCAGAGAUUCGCUGGGGAAACCAGCUGCUGCUUCUUUAGUUGGCUCCUUCCGGAGCAGAAUCUCCGCGGUUUUCAUUGA